GCAGCGUACGCGGAGAGGAGCAACCGUCUGCCGCUCAAGACUGGACCUUUUAGUUAGAUUAUUUAUUUAUUUCAUAUUUAUUUGGUAGUGAGUGCUUUUUGUUUGUUUGUUGCUGGGUUUGAAAGGAGACGCGGAGUGGAGUAACGUGACGAUGCCAGACUUGUGAGAAGAUCGGACCGUCUGGGAGCCGCGAAGAGAAGAGAAGAAGAUGGGCGCAACACCGAAGCAACCCAGAGGAGAUAUGUUUUUGUGCAAACUGCUGCUCCUCGCGGCGGUUGUGUGCGGAGUGGCGCACGGGAAGACUUUGAAAUAUAAAGUUUACGAGGAGCAGAGGGUGGGCACCGUGAUCGCGCGCUUAAAGGAGGAUGUUGCUGGGGUCUUGGCUAAACUGCCCGGUUCGCUGAGCUUUCGUUUCCGUGCCAUGCAAAGAGGGAGCACGCAGUUUCUGUCGGUGAGAGAGGAGGACGGGGAGAUCAGCAUCGGUGCCAAAAUCGACCGCGAAAAGCUGUGCGAGAAAAACCUCAACUGCACCAUCGAGUUCGACGUGGUGACGCUGCCCACGGAGUACCUGCAGCUGUUCCACGUGGAGGUGGAGGUGCUGGACAUUAACGACAACUCCCCGCACUUCUCCCGCGCCAUCGUGCCCAUCGAGAUCUCCGAGAGCGCGUCGGUGGGCACGCGCGUGCCGCUGGACGGCGCCGUGGACGCGGACGUGGGGGACAACGCGCUGCACACCUACUCCCUGGCGCCCAACAACUUCUUCAAGAUCGAGGUGCGGACGCGGACGGACGGCGCCAAGUACGCGGAGCUGGUGGUGAUGAGGGAGCUGGACCGGGAGUCGCAGCCCGGGUACCAGCUGCUCCUCACGGCCUCGGACAACGGCGUGCCCCCCAAGUCCGGAUCGACUCUGCUCAAAAUCAGCAUCUCCGACUCCAACGAUAACAGUCCCGCUUUCGAGGAGCAGGCUUACGUCGUGAACUUGCUGGAGAACUCCCCCCUCGGGACGCUAAUCAUUGACCUCAACGCUACGGACCCAGACGAGGGCACGAACGGGAAGAUCGUCUACUCGUUCAGCAGUCACGUGUCCCCGAAGAUCCUGGAGACGUUUAAAAUCAACCCCGAGACAGGACACAUCACUCUGAUCAAAAAGGUGGACUAUGAAACCGCUUCGUCCUAUGAGCUGGACGUGCAGGCGCAGGACAUGGGACCCAACUCCAUCCCGGGGUUGUGCAAAAUUGUGGUGAAAGUCGCGGACGUGAACGACAACAAACCGGAGAUCAACAUAAACCUGAUGACCCCGGGGAAGGAGGAGGUGGCGUACAUCUCGGAGGGCGCUCCCGUGGACACGUUCAUCGCGCUGGUCCGGGUGGAUGACAGUGACGCGGGGCUGAACGGGGAAGUGGUGUGCAGGCUCCACGGGCACGGACACUUCAGGCUCCAGAAGACCUACGAGAAGAACUAUAUGAUCCUCACCAACGUGUCUUUGGACCGAGAGAAGAGGUCCGAGUACAGCCUGACGGUGAUCGCGGAGGACAGGGGCUCCCCCAGUCUGUCCACCAUCAAACACUUCACUGUGCAGGUGCUGGACGAGAACGAUAACCCCCCGCACUUUGAGAAGAACAGAUACGAGGUGUUCAAGUCAGAGAACAACUCUCCAGGAGCCUACCUCAUGACUGUGGUGGCCUCAGACCCAGACUUAGGGACAAACGGACAGGUGACCUACAGUGUUAUCGAUGUGCUCAUCCAGGGAAGUCCCAUCUCCACCUACGUCACCAUUGACCCCUCCAAUGGAGCCAUCUACGCUCUGAGGAGCUUUGACCAUGAGGACGUGAGCCGUAUCGCCUUCACCGUGCAGGCCAAGGACGGAGGGAACCCCCCUCUGUCCACCAACACCACCGUGCUCCUCACUGUUCUGGACGAGAACGAUAACGCCCCGGUCAUCCUGUCCCCUGCCCUCAGGAACCACACGGCCGAGCUGGCAGUGUGGAGAUACGCCUCGCCGGGUCAGCUCGUCACCGCCAUGAAGGUGAGCGACCGGGACGCGGGCGCCAACGGAGAGCUCAGCUGCUCCAUCGUGUCCGGCAACGAGGAGGGGCUGUUCGUCAUGGACCCCCGUCGCUGUGAGCUCCGCACCAACGCCAGCCUGGAGCAGGUCACCCGGGACGUGGUGGAGAUCCGGGUGGAGGUCCAGGACAGGGGCACGGCCAGGCUCACCACAGGGGCGCUGCUUAGGCUGGGGCUGCAGGAGACCAUGGCGGUGCUGUCCCCGCUCUACCCCACGGGCUCCGGGCAGACCUCUAUGGACCUGUCCCUCAUCAUCAUCAUCUCUCUGGUGGCCGUGUGCGCUCUGCUGCUCGUGGUCAUGAUCAUGUUCGCCACAGCCCGGUGCAGCCGCGAGAAGAAGGACCCCCGCCACAACUACAACUGCCGCAUGGCUGAGAGCAGCUACCAGAACCACCCCAAGAAACCGGCCCGGCAGAUCCACAAGACGGACAUCACCCUGGUGCCCACGGUCAACGGCACCCUGCCCGUCAGAGCCCACCCACGCUCCCCCUCCGCCUCGCCCAUACCCGACCGCGGCACCCUGGGGAGCCGCCAGAGCCAUCACAGCCGACAGUCCCUCAACAGCCUGGUCACCAUCUCCUCCAACCACGUGCCGGAGAACUUCGCUCUGGAGUUGGCCCACGCCACGCCCCCGGUGGAGCAAGUCUCACAGCUUCUGUCCAUGCUCCAUCAGGGCCAGUACCAGCCCCGGCCGAGUUUCCGCGGCAACAAGUACACGCGCAGCUACAGGUACGCCCUGAACGAGAUGGACAAGUUCAGCCUGAAGGACAGCGGGCGCGGGGACAGCGAGGCCGGGGACAGUGACUACGAGCCGGGCCGAGAGUCGCCCAUGGAGAGGCUGCUCGGGGAGGGCUUCACCGAGGCCUACGGGCACGACGGACCCCACAGGCCACAUGCAGGCAUGAGGCUGUGCACAGAGGAGUGCAGGGUCCUGGGACACUCGGACCAGUGCUGGAUGCCCCCCCUGGCCUCCCCCGCCUCCUCCUCCUCUGACUACAGGAGUAACUUGUACAUCCCCGGAGAGGAGGCUCGCCAGCCCACAGACCUGCCCCAGGACUCGGCCCCUGUGCCCUGCACCGACAGCGGACCCCGAAACCAAAGCUUCUCCACCUUCGGUAAAGAUGUGAGUGGGGAGGAGGGCGAGGAGGGAGGCGAGGGCAACGCGGUGGCUCUUCGGGACGAGGACGUGUGCGGUACUUCCUCUCUGCUCUCGGAGAUGAGCAGUGUGUUCCAGAGACUGCUGCCCCAGGGCCUGGACGCCUACGUCCAGGUGAACGAGGCCCAGCGGGGCACCAGUCUGAGCGGGGUGGGGGUGCCUCUGACCGGGUCCCUGGACCGCAGGAGGGGGCACCUCCCGGGCAAAGCCAGUCCCUCCGUGCACCAGCAGGGGGUGGCGGCCUGGGCCGCCAACACACACUUCCAGAACCCCAGUAUGGGCCACACCCAGCCCGGGGCCUACCACACCCUCAAACCCAGCACCAAGCUGGGCUCCCAGCCCAAACACUGCCCCCCGAACAACGCCGGCUCCAAGGCCCACAGCACGCCCCUGCUCACGGCUCUGAGCCCCGCUCUGCAGCCCGCCCCCACCCCCUCUGUGGUGCCCAUCCCCGUGCCCCUGCCCGGACCCCCCGCCAAGUGGCUGCCGGCCAUGGAGGAGAUCCCCGAGAACUACGAGGAGGACGACUUUGACUCAGUGCUGGGCCACCUGCAGGGCAAACGCAGCGACAGCAGACACGAGCUGGUGGACGCCAGCGAGCUGGUGGCCGAGAUCAACAAACUCUUACAGGACGUGCGCCAGAGCUAGCCCCACCCAGGAGCCACUGGCCCCGCCCCCAGCAGAACUAGCCCCGCCCAUAUCCACACUUCUAAAUGCUCCUCUACGUUAGUGAGAGGAUGAGACUGAGUACAGAUGUCGAGCGUGUCCGCCUCAUGGGUUUUCAAUUAAAACUUUAAAGAAUAAAGGUUAAUAUGUUUAUGAAAUGAUAUUUAGUGCUGUGUCAGAGCUGAUGCUGCAUUCAGGUGCCCCCGUACUCCCCAGCGUUCUUAUUGUGUUAGAUAAUCAUUUAUUAUUUGAUGUAUAAUCUUUAUUUGCAGACGUGAUUGUUUUGAAUGUUAUUUAUAAGUUAUUUAUAAUUCUUUUGUUCAUAUCUAUUUUAUUAAAUAGCAUAGACAAUGACUCUGAAUGUGUUUUUAAACUUAACCAAACCACUUAGAGACAUGUCCUCCCCUUUAGUAUGACCCCAGUCAGUCCUGGUGCCCCCUGCUGGACACACUGUGACUGUUCUACUUUGAGGAGGGCACAUGAAUGCAGCAGACUCUUUUAAAGCACUGUGAGUAACACUAACAGCACAGACUCCAUGUUGGAAUGAAGAUGUUUGAAGUAAAUCCAUGAGAGAGGGCGGGGCCUCGCGGAGAAAGACUCAAAUGUGACCUGCAAUUGUCGAUAAAGUUGCAUUUCUGAUGUAAUGUGUUUUGUGAAUGCUACUAUCCAAAAACUGUUUGUAAUUGUUGUUUUGUACACAAUGUACACUCUGUGACUGUAUUUAUCUUUGUAUUUUAAAAAUACAUUUGUAAACGUAUAUUUAUAAAAGUGUAUAUAGAGUCUAUUUUUCUAUGGAGCAUGUGGCUCAGGUGGAUGAACUUUGAGAGCAGACGACAUUGGCUGUGCUGUUUUGUAUUGUCAUUCUUUUGUAUCUGUCUAUGAUAUCCUGCAGUAAUCUGAGUAUACACAUGUGUCUGUGGUACAGUGUGCGCCGCACACCGAGCACUAAUAAAACAU